GAGGUGGCAUUCUCCAGGCUGGGGACAGGGUGGGAUCAGGCACAGGGUGGGAUCAGUGAUCUUUUCCAGCCUCCCUGAUCCUGUGUGAUCCCUGGUGAGGAGCUCCCCAAGCACAGAGCACUGGUUUAUGGUCCAGGACCACAUGUUUGCUCCCUGACCUCUGGCAGUUUUGGGGGUUUGGAGACAAAGGCACCAGGAAUUUUGCUAGAAGUGACCUGCUCCAGAGUGGGAAAAGUGAAACAGGCUGUGAAGGAGUUGGGAUAGUUUUGAAGGAUUCCUUGGAAUAAGUUUUUGUGUUGAGCAGAGUAAAGAGCUUCAUUUUUCUGUGGCAGGGGAGGCUGAGGUUGUGGUUGGAGUGUGUGGGACUGUCUGGCAGCACUGGGGGUUGGUGACAAUGCCAUGAAUCACCUGUUCUCAGGUGCUGAGGUAGAGGUGACACCCUGCAAUUGCAGCAUCUCCCAGUCAGAACAUGGCUGCAGCCCUGGGGCUCAGCUCAGAGCCUCCAGCAGUGAAGGAACAGCCCCCGGGGCAGCAGCAGUGCAGGAACAGCCCUGAGCUCAUCUCAGAGCCCCCAGCAGUACAGGAACACCCCCAGGGCUCAGCUCAGAGCCCCCAGCAGUGCAGGAACAGCCCUGAGCUCAUCUCAGAGCCCCCAGCAGUAUAGGAACACCCCCAGGGCUCAGCUCAGAGCCCCCAGCAGUGCAGGAAUGUGACUUUUGCCAGGCCACCUCCUCUGCUGGGAAGGAGGCAGCAGAACAGAGCCUUCCCCAGGGCUGCCGUGUGGCUUGUGUCACCUCUGUCCCAUGGGCCCAGCUGAGGGCUCAGCAGCACUGUUUCUCCUUGGAGUGAAAUGGAUGGAGAAGCUCCUGAGUGUUUCCCCCCUUUCCAUCCUGUUUUCCUGUUGUCUCUCUCCCCCGUGUGCUGAAAUAUUUAAUGGGGAUAUUCCAGGAGGGCCUGGGUGAACUCCUGGAGGCUGAAAAUGUGGUUUCAAGACCACGAUGUCACCUGGGCUGGCUCAGUGAGGAGCCAACCCCUUCCCCUCAUUUGCCUUCCAUUGUUUGCCACCAGCUGCUCCACAGCAUCUCCAUCUUCAGCAGGAUAUCCACUGCUCUUGGGGGGCUGGAGGCAGCUCUUACACAUUUCCCUCCCUCCUGAGCACCACUGGAAUGGGAUUUUCCUCUCCCCCAGUCCCCUUGAAAAGGAAGGAAGCUGCAGGUGUUUGCCCUCCCUGGGAGGCUCUGGCUGAGACCUGCCUUGUGAAGCUCUGCCUGGUUUUGUUACCUCCCAGGACAGGGUUGGGUAGGAAACUCAACCUCCCACCCACCUUUUAUCUUCCUGAAAUAAUUUAUUCCCUUCUAGGUGGAGGCUGCCGUGGCCUGUAUGACCAACAGCCAACACUGUGGUUUGGCAUCUUGUAGUGACUUGUGCUCCUUCCCUGCUCACAGGGGCAGGGAAUUUCUGUCCAAACCUGUUCCUUUCCCGAGCUGUGCCCGCUGUGGUUCCUGCCGGCAGCAGGGGGAAGCAGCCAGGCCUCAAAGCAGAGCUGCUGCCUCCUGCCACAAGUUUGGAAUUUCCUUCUGUAGUGCCAGUUAUCAGCUGGCUAAACUAGGACACUCUCAGGAAAUAGACAGACGGUUGGAAAAGAAGCUGAAGAUCACACAGAAGGAAAGAAAGUCCAAAUCUCCUCCCAAAGUGCCGAUCGUGAUCCAGGACGACAGCCUUCCCGCGGGGCCGCCGCCGCAGAUCCGCAUCCUCAAGCGGCCCACGAGCAACGGCGUGCUCAGCAGCCCGCACUCGGCCAGCCGCCCCGCCUUCCCCGUCAAAUCGCUGGCGCAGCGCGAGGCCGAGUACGCCGAGGCCAGGAAACGCAUCCUGGGCAGCGCCAGCCCCGAGGAGGAGCAGGAGAAGCCCAUCCUGGACAGGCCUCCGCGGAUCUCGCAGCCCGAGGACAGCCGGCAGCCCAACAAUGUGAUCCGGCAGCCGCUGGGCCCCGAUGGCUCGCAGGGCUUCAAGCAGCGCAGAUAGAGGCGGAGGCGCCGUUCCGCCGGCACGGACACACAGACCCGGGCCUGGGGACCUCCCGGGGUGAUUUGCACUGUGACCCUUUUGCUCUGCCCACUGUGACCUUCAGCCCCACGCACUGUGACCUCCCCUCUCCACCCACUGUGAGCGGCCAUCGCGGCAGGGCUGUCCCCGCGGCCGGGGGACACGAGGGGCCGUGCCAGACUUGGCCGGGUGCAGGGAGUCGUGCGUGUCCCACUCGGGUUGGAGCGAGCGCCAGCAAUAACGUUUGUUGUACUCGAAACCUGGCAUUUAAGGAAAAAAAAAAAAGAUGGGAAGCCUCCCCAGCCGCGCAUGUUGUCCUCAUCACUUCCAGAACGAGUUCUGUUUCCAAGGAUUUUAGGUUCUUUUAUUUGGUUUUCUGUUUGUUUUUUGUAUCUUGGAUCGGCGGAGUGCUUGGGAAGGGUUUGAGCCGUUUGUUUGAAUCCAGAGAGGUAGCUGAGUGUUCCGAGGGGAAUUCCAAUGGAUUUCCAUGAAUGUGAUGGCUUGGGGAUGACAAGAUCAUGCUUCUCCUUCUCCAUUUCCACUGCCAUGGAAGUGAACUCCUGGAUACCCCCAGGUACCUCGGAGUCGGACCCAGUUCACAUCCUGCUCCUGUUAAAGCUUGGCCCCGAUUCCCUGCUGGCUUUGAGGAGAAGCUUAAAAUACAUCCUUUUUGGGUUCUUUUGUGUUUGGGGAGAAGGGAAUGCAGAGUGACCCCGUGCAAAUGCCUGCUGUCCGGCCACAGAGGGCCGGGCGGUGAAGAAUUAGGGAGAUGUGAGGAGGAGGAGUUGGUGGAAGAGGAGAGGCUCCGGCGCAGCUGCGGCUGUGACGUUGGGCAGUGGGAUAUCCCGAGGGGCCAGCCCAGCGGCGCAGGGAUGGUACAAGCUCUCCUGGAAUGGCAGACCUGGGAACCAGACCAGCCUUGGGGAAAGCCUGGAUGAUCCCCCCAUCUCCCUGGAGGCAGCAAGGCUUCAGGGAAGGGAUCGUCCUGCUCCCGCUCCCGGGAAGAGGACAGGGAGGCUGCUGCUCCCCAGGAACGGAGAUGUUCUCCCCUGGAUGAAGCUGAGGAUCACUCGAUAUCAAGGGAUUGGAUGAACACUAAAUGCUUUUCCUGGAGGGCCAGGACCUGGAGACCCGGGUGGUUCCCGACGGAUUCCUGCAUCCGGGUGCUGCCUUCAGUAGAUUUGAGGGGGAACUAGCUAAUCUUGACGUGCACGAAAAGCCAUGUGUGGAAAUGAGGCUGAAAUCCCACAGAAACGGGGAAAAUAGAAACUACCUGUGUAUCCAACCCCCGGAACCUCAAUGGGCUCCUCACAGCUGGUUCCGGGUGGGGCGGGAUUUCCCCAGUAUUCCCCCGGGGAUCCUGGGGACUUCUGGGGGAUCUCACUCAUCCCCCUCAGCCUGGGGGCUGGGAUGAGCUCCGGGAGGGAGCGGGAGGGAGAAGGCCGUCAGCAAUAACUGUAGUCACUGCGCCUUUCCUUAAUUAUUCCUAAAAAUAGCAUCAAAUAGCCAAAAACCUCCCAAAUCCGCCGGAUUUCUGGUGCGGCCGGUCGGCGCCGCGUCGCUGCCUCCUCCAUGGCCUGCACUGAGAUCCCACCUCCGGCACCAAAAUCCCUUUUUCCAGCACUGAAAUCUCCUUCUCCGGCUGCUCCUGCUGCGUCCCGGUGCCAGGACAUGGUGCCCAGGACACGUCCCGCCCGCGGGCAGGGCUCGGUGGCGUUCCUGUGGGAAGCGCCUUCAUCCCGAGGAGGGGGAGGAUGGACGUGGUACCUGCGUUUCCGCCCCCAAAAAAACAAAAAACAAAAAAAAAAAAACGUGCGCCGGAAAGAAAACGUUUUAUAAAUUGUAUUUUAAAUAAAUGUCUUUAAACUUU